GGCUCAAUCUCAGUCUUACAGCUGUUGGCAAGAAACGAGGACAACCACCAUGAUGCAGCGGACUCUGUUCAAGCGGAGUGCUGGGCUUCUAGUCCAGCAGGCGGCCACUGCUGCCGCUGCCACCCUCGACAGUCCACUAACCGCCAGGAGCGCACCUCUGCUGCAGCGCCUGGACCGCACCAUGUCCUCUGUCACCAUACCGCCGCCGGCGUGCAUGCUGCGGCCACUGGAGGCGCCUCUGCGUCGUUUGUUCGGACCAGGACCCUCGAACGUCCCCCCGCGUGUUUUAGCUGCGGGGGCCAAGCCGAUAAUUGGUCACCUGCAUCCAGAAAUGUAUGAGAUCAUGAAUGACAUUAAGAAGGGGAUCCAGUACGCCUUCCAGACCGAGAACAACAUGACAAUCUCAAUGAGCGGGUCCGGUCACGCCGCCAUGGAGUGUGCGGUGUUUAACGUCGUGGAGCCCGGGGAGAGUGUCCUCGUCGCCAUUAACGGGAUCUGGGGCGAGCGAGUUGCAGAAAUCGCAGAAAGAAUGGGUGCAAAUGUACAUAGAAUGGUGAAAACGCCCGGUGGAUAUUUCAGCAAUCAAGAAAUUGAACAGGCAAUAGAGAAACACAAGCCGGUCCUGUUUUUCCUAACACAUGGAGAGUCAUCGGCUGGUCUAUGCCACCCCAUGGACGGCAUUGGGGACAUCUGCAGAAAACAUGAUUGCCUCUUCCUUGUCGACACCGUUGCGUCACUCGGGGCAGCGCCCAUUUUCAUGGACCAGCAAAACAUUGAUAUCCUGUACACGGGCUCUCAGAAGGCCCUGAACGCACCGCCUGGCACAGCACCCAUCUCUUUUAAUGACAAAGCAUGCCACAAAAUGUUUAACAGGAAAACGAAACCAGUCUCCUACCUCUUUGACAUGUCGCAUUUGUCCAACUACUGGGGUUGUGACGGUAAACCAGCCAGAAUGUAUCACCACACUGGCCCAGUGUCUGGGUUCUUCACCUUAAGAGAGAGUUUGGCGAUUCUUGCUGAAAAGGGGCUGGAGGAGUCUUGGAGGAAACACAAGGAGGUGGCAUCCUACCUGUACAAAGGACUUGAAGACUUGGGCCUCAAACUUUUCAUCCCCGAUAGGGAGCUGAGGCUUCCCUCAGUGACCACCAUCGCCAUUCCUGACGGCUACAACUGGAGGGAGCUGCUAACAUACAUCAUGAAGAACCACCAGAUGGAGAUGACUGGAGGUUUGGGCCCCUCUAUUGGCAUGGUGAUGCGGAUCGGACUGAUGGGGUACAACUGUGAGAAGGCAAAUGCUGACAUGGCACUGUACGCCUUGGCAGACGCGCUCAAAAACUGUAAAAAAAGCAAGGCUUAAAUGCUGCAAAUUCCCAGACAAAGGGAAAGAUUGACGAUGAUAAUGCAUAAUUUGUAUUUUGAUUGCAAAUGCAUUGCAAAACAUAGACUGUUUGUAUUUUUUAAAUUGACAAGUAGACACCACAUGGUCUAUGUUGAAUGCAGUGAUAGAUGUCA